AUGAGCUGCUUAUCAUCUUCCGCCCGUCUGACGCCAUCGCGGAUCUUUCUCUUCCUAGGCUUAGCAGCAACCCUACUACUAUUAUCCUACCAAUUAAUCCUAUAUCGGUCCACAGAGGAACUGGGUGUGCUUGUGGGCAAUGAAUCUCCAAAUACAGAAGUCUCGGCUCCACCGGCGCCAGAGCCAUUGUCAACGACAGAAUCAGUGAAGCAACAGCCUACACCCGAACCUACACCUGAACCUAUACCCGAAUCUAUACCCGAGCCUGCGCCUGCACCCACCAAAGAACUGGUAUUUGCAGCAAUGGAAGCCAGCAACAUGUCCUGGGUCGAAGAGCAUCUCCCCAAAUGGACAGCGAACAUCUAUCGUGCAGACGCCAGCGAAGGAUUAACCGUGCCAAUUAACAAAGGCAACGAAGCAAUGGUAUAUCUAACGUAUGUGCGCAUGUUCUCAAGUCCGACAAUCCCCCCUAACAAACACAGCUACAUCAUCGAUCGAUACUGGUCACUUCCAGACGUGUCAAUAUUCCUACACGGUGGCCGAUACCAAUGGCACGUCGACAAUCCACUCUAUGACUCCGUGAUCUCGAUCCAAGAUUUGCAAUCGGACUACGUCCUAGAAUCCGGGUAUGUGAGUCUCCGCUGUGCAUGGAGCGUUGGAUGUCCCCGGGAACUAGAGCCAGCUCGGUAUCUCCGUGAAAGACCGGAUGAUAGCCAUCACCCGGCGGCGAUGGAGUAUCCGGAUCGGUUUAUGGAGUUGUUUCCGCGGGCGGAGGUGCCGGAGGAAGUUGGGGCGCCUUGUUGUAGUCAGUUUGCGUUGUCGAGGGAGAAGAUCCGUGAGCAGAGUUUGGAACAUUAUGUUCGGUUGCAGCGGUGGCUGAUUGAGACUGAGUUGAAUUCGGGUAUCAGUGGGCGCAUCUUUGAGUAUUCGUGGCAUAUGAUCUUUGGAAAACCCACACAGUACUGUCUUGACCAAAAGGACUGUUAUUGUCGAACGUAUGGGUAUUGCAAUAUGACUGAUGCUGAGAUGCAAAGUCAGUGGGUGUGGCGUGGACUCAAAUUGCCUGAAGGCUGGCCGGAGCCAGCACCUGAGCCAGCACCUGAGCCAGCACCUGAGCCUGCGCCUGAGCCUGCGCCUGAGCCUGCGCCUGAGCCUGCGCCUGAGCCUGCGCCUGAGCCUGCGCCUGAGCCUGCGCCAGAGCCUGCGCCAGAGCCUGCGCCAGAGCCUGCGCCAGAGCCUGCGCCAGAGCCUGCGCCUGUUCCUGUCCCUAAUUCAGCAACGCCCACAGGACAAGCAGAAAAGCAAGAGUCGAGUAUACCUGGAUAA